AUGGUGGUCAGCCCUUCGGUUGCAGCUCCUGCGCCUAAGGACGAGGCACUGGCCCUCAAAGCGCCUCCAAAGGCAGAAGGAGAGAGCCUUCGUCCGAAGGAAGAGACGGAGCCUCUGCCUUCUAAAGAUGAACCCGAUCGUCCAAAAGAAAAGGCCGAAGCGAUGCUUCCUCCUAAAGAAAAGGUCGAAGCGAUGCCUCCCCCCAAAGAAAAGGCCGAAGCAGUGCUUCCUCCCAAAGAAAAAGUCGAAGCGAUGCCUCCUCCCAAAGAAAAAGUCGAAGCAAUGCAUCCCCCCAAAGAAAAGGCCGAAGCGAUGCCUCCCCCCAAAGAAAAAGUCGAAGCGAUGCCUCCCCCCAAAGAAAAGGCAGAGCUCGAACGAAGGCUGUCUAAGCGCUUGGCAGGGGAAGAGGCCGACAAGCAGCUUGAUAAGGACAAGAAGCCGACAGAGAGUACGUGUGAGAAACACAGAAAAGAAGGCCCUCUGCCUCUAGGGAUGCACAAAGCCUUUCGAGUGCCUUCGCUCGCGUUAAGAGUCUUUCCACAGGGCAGUCGCGUGUCUAGAUACAGAGGAAUGGCUCGUUAG